GUUUUUCGAAUGAGUUUCAUAGUCUGUAAUUUUUGUGAUUUUAUCCAGGAAAUAUAGGAGCUGUGGUGAUGAAAUUUUCCAACACAAAAGAAAAAGACAUAUAGAAGCUGUACAGUAAUCAAAUACUGGCUGAAGUCUCCAAAAACUCGGUUUACCAGCAAAGAGAAUCUAAGGCAGGAGGUGGAGGAAAAUACAAUUACUAUUAGAGAGUCCCUGGGUUGAAGAGCUCGCUCAUGAACUGUUGUAUUGAUCUCUGAGAUCCGCAACUUGUAAUAUUAUGACAGGCAGACAGACGUUAACGGAAGAGAGUUAAUAUGGAAAUUAUAUCAGAGUAUACCAGUAUCAGAGUAGCUGUCGUUGAGGAAAGACCUUUCGAAUUCACGCUCUGUUAUCGUAACGCGCUUAUCUCUGCUAUGCAAUAGUUCUAUUUUCUUGCUUUGCCUCUUGUUCAGUUAUUCCUACCUUGAUUCUAUUCGUGCACUCUUCUCCAUUGCCUACCGGUUUCUCUCAUUCGUUCUCUUUUACACAGAAUAUUCGUGAUUUGUCAUAUAUAUACCUAAAUAUGAGUGCUUGCGAGGAGUGUAAAUUAUCUGUGAAUCGCUCGGCUAAGGAUGAAGUUGUAUGCACUGAGUGUAAUUCUAUAUUUCAUGGAAGAUGUACUGGUGGUGGAAGGGACCUUAGUGAGGCUGAACUCGAUCUAAUGUCAACGCGGGUAUGUAUGAACUGUACAUCAAAGCUUCGAGCUCCAAGAAACAGUAGUUCGGAUACACCAGUAAAACGUGUAGUUAAUGUAAGUGAUUUACAGUCGCCAAUAACAGUUGAUUUUUUGAAAAAAACUAUACUUGCACUGAGAGAGGAGAUUGCUGAAGGUCAGGCAAAGCUUCAGCAAUCGCUGCAGUCCUGCUUGGACAAGCUGACUUCCAAUAUGGAAAUACUGACCAAACAAAGUGAAAUCAUUAAGACGCAGGAAAAAAUCAAUUCGGCUCUACAGGGUGACAAUCUACAGUUGAAGAAGAGUGUCGAACUUUUGACUGAUAGAUUGGACGCACUCGAGCAGUACGAUCGAAAAAAUACGCUCGAGAUCCGUGGAGUGCCAUUCUCUGAAUAUGAAAACGUUCGCGACUUGGUGAUAGCGACGUGUAGGGCUGUUGGAGUGGACGUAGGAGCCGAAGCGUUCGACGUCUGUCACCGGCUGAAGGCAAGCGCGGCGCAGCCGACGCCAGCAAUAGUCGCCAAGUUUGUGCGUCGCGAUGUCGCUCAUCAGGUGCUCAGAGGAAAGAAGCAGGUGAGGAGACUGUCAUCUCGUGUAUUCGGCUUACCAGGUGAGGAACAGCCAGUUUACAUAAACGGGUCACUAACAUUGGUACGAAGAAAGAUGUUGUCUCAGGCAAAGAAACUUCAAAGGGAGCGAGGUUACAAGUAUGUUUGGGUUGAUUGGGCUGGGAAUGUGAAAAUUCGUCCUGUGGAUAAAGGAAGGGUAUUUACAGAUGAACUGCAGACUUUCAUGGCCGAGUGUGCCUAGUACUAAGUUCCAAGUGUUUUUAUAAGACCAUUUUCAAUUUAUGUAAAAAGCUGAAUCAUUUUGUUUAUUUUUUGCAUUCUCGGAAUGGAGAGUUUUUUCUAUAGAUUGUUUCUCAUAUAUGUAUUCUUGUGAAUUGUUAUACUGAAGUGUAUGCAGGGAGAAUGAGGGAUUGCUUGAGGAUUGAUUGGGAAUCAUGAUUAAUUUUUAUGAUAAUAUUGUUCACUAUCUAUCAUUCAGGUUUCAAUAAUGGAUUUUCAAUUCAAAUUUACCCUUUCUUGGCAUAUAUUUCGGUUUAAAUCGCAACUAAAAUCAUUGAAUCCUAAUUUUAAUAGCAUUCAAUCGUAUAAUUUAAUUUUUAUUCCUGUUGAAUUUAAUCAAUGCUGAAGUUUUUUUUUUUAUUUAUUGCAAUGCUACAGUACACUAUACACUAUAUCCAGAAAAAGGACGAUGGAGUGAGUAAGUCAAUUAUGUUUUCCAACGAACUAGGUCAUGUAAAAACUCAUGUAAAAAAGGUUCGAAGAAUAUUCGUGAUCAAAAUUUGAAGCUGAUUGAUCAAUUCUCUCUAAAGUUCUUAUCGAACAUAAGAACAGACAGAGAACAACUUUGAGCUCUAGUAAGUCAAAAUUGAGAGCUUCGCUAACGCUCGUUCAAUAAGGAUGGAAAAAUACCGUACGAACAAAAAUCAAUAUGUGUGUGUGUGUAGCUAGCCUCAGCUGUAGUGCGGACAAAGAUAUUAUAUUUCUUUGCGCUCUAUAACAUUUUUUAAAUCGAUUAUAAUACAGUCUGUACUAGUAUUGAUUUACAUUGUUAUUCAUACAUUCUCAUAGAAUAUUCUAAUGUUAUUCGAUUUAUUAUAUUUCACUUUUUUGUGUGAGGGAAUUUCCUGAUAGUAUUUCUUAUUGGAAUAUCUUCCAUUUUAUUGUAAUUGUAAUUAUUUGAGUGAACAAAUAAAAUUUUGAAAUGGAAUUGAAUAUGACAUAAUAAAGUUAAUAUGAUCAUUCUUGAAUUGGAACGAACAACGAAACCUAGCUGAUAAAUGAGAAUUUGCAUUAAGAUCAGUGGUAGAUACUGUGACAUUGAAGAAAUAGAAGAUAUUAUUAUUGUCAAUGGCUAGGAAGAAUAUCAAACGUACUGUUACUUGAAAGCAAUAAAGAUUACUUAUCAACAGGUGAGACUGAGAUAAGAGCACUGUUCCUACGGCAUAUUUUUGGAAGAUUUAUUUAUUGGAAAUUAUUAUUGGAAAUCACAUUAGUGAACAGCUGUUUUGAAUGCAGUCAAGAAAUUGGAUAAAAUGAAUUCUCUUUACUACUGACCUUACGUUUCAAAACGAUUAUAUAAUUACUUAUAAAACCAAUGAUUAUUGUAAAAAAGAUAAGAGUUUCAACAAUAAAAAAUAUAUUUUCUAUUGUUGAAGUAAUUUAUUAAUGGAAAUGUACAACAUGUUAAAUUAUUAUGAAAGCGAGCAAGAUCAUGAUACAAGCAUUAUCACUGAUAAGAAUAGUAAUAUUCAUUUUUUUUGUGUUUGUAAUAAGAAUCUUCUGUAUGAAAUGUUAAUAUUAUAUAAUAAUUAUAGAAUCAACCGCAUGGACUGAUGUAAAAAUCUCUGUAACCCGUUCAGGCCAAUCAUAGGUCAGAGAAAUAACACCAAAAAGGGAUGAAAUUCAAACAUGAUAUUCUAUUUUUGUUAUCAGCAACUAGAAAAGUCUCAUCACAAGCGGUAACACAUUGUAUGUUAUAUAAGGGGAAAUAUGAAGAAAAUUUAUUUACUCUUAAAGGCAGAUAAGUUAAGUUUAUUUAUUGUAAAACAAGAACUAUUCUCUUACGCAUCUCUGACGUAAUGAAUACGUCAUACUAGUUCACCAAUAGCAAAAUUUCUAUGCAAAUUAAGUAAGACGGAACAACUCAGCCAAAAGUUUUGAAAAGACACUACUUCCCUUUUAAUGCCUUCACCAUAAAGACCUUUAUUCUAAAAAGUUACCAUUUUCUAGUGAGAUUCUUGUUCGUUCAAUUCAUGUAUUUUAAUUGUUAGCCUAUACUCGAGGGGAUAUUAUUUGUUAUAUUUGUAAAUUAUUCUAUCAAUUGAUCACUUCCAUAAAUCUGAAUUUUAAUUGUUCAUUAUUUAUUUGGUGAAGGAAAUAAUUAAUUUCAAAAAUCCCCAUGUGCUGAAGACUGAAGUUUAGACGAGCCAUCGAUUAUAAAUUAAUUUAAAGAAACUACUACGCCAAGAAGGAUCACGUGAGUUCUCUUCUUAUCUUAUGGGGCCCCACCCUUCGCUUCG